GCGACAUAAUCGAAGCUGCCUAGAAACCCCCUCGUAUUCGCAACAACAAUACUUUGUUCGUAUAAUGGAUCUACUAGGAAAUUUAGGCGCAGAAGACCAGCUGACGUCAACCCGCGCCGAAAACAGUGUACUGCAAGCGAAAGUUAAAGAGCUCGCGCAGCGCGUUAAAGUCUUGGCCGUAGAGAAUGAAGCGCUGAAAGUGGAAGUCGAAAUCUACCGUAAAGAGGCAGCCCUACCGUCCUUUUCCAAUCUUGCAUUAGGAAAUUCGGGCAGUGAUAUGGAAACUGAAAAGGCAAACGAUGGUGAGGCAUUUUUUCGCUCUGGGAAUGGAGUGUUCCCAAGACAAAACGAGGUAACGUUCCGCAAUUUGCAUGGCCCCGCCAAUCCUUUGACCUGCGCACUUUCGCCGGAUGAUACUGUUUUAGCCACUGGUGGAGCAGAUGGUCAGCUGAUGCUAUGCGGCUGGGGUGCGGUUUAUAGUCCAUCGGAAAGUCCCGAUUCUGUAGUGCAGUCUGCAUCUGGAAUCGGCUGUGAAGCGCCUGUAAUUUGCGUAGCCUUUGCACCGACGUUACGAGGCAUUUUGGCAGUGGGGUGCAUGGAUGGAUCCAUCUAUUUUGUGCAGUACUCUUCUUCACCGGGAAGCAAUGGUAUUGAUUUGAAGCGGACUGGACUCCCCAAGACACUUCAUCACAAAAAGUACGUACGUGCCGUCGUCUGGUCGCCGAAGGGACCUUUGGUAGCUACUAGUUCCGCAGAUGGAACGGUCCACUUGUUCAAAGUAGAGCGUACCGGUAUGGAACUUUCGGAGCUUUCCGUUUCGCUUGUCACCAGCCUGCACUUGCCCGGUGCUGUGGAAUCCAUGAUCUUCAGUGACGACCAUCUUAUUUGCUACGCUCGUGGUACAGCGUACCUGUCGUACUUUGAAAUCGCCAAAAACUUUGGCUUAACCAAAAUCAAUCUCAACGCCGGUACGCCAGGUACAGCAAGCUACGAAGAUCAUGUAUCGUUUGCCGUGAUGGACAUGGCUCUAUACCAAAACAAGUACUUGGCACUCGCCACGGAUAUCUCCCGUAAUAUUGUAUUGGAUGUGCAGGAUGGCAAACAGAUUCGAAACCUGUACGGGCAUGAGAAUGAUGGAUUCUCGCAACCCAAGAUCGCAUGGAGUUCCAACGGUAGUUACCUAUUGGGGAACACACAGCACGAGAGCUGUCUUUGUGUGUGGGAUAUUGCCAGUGCGCAGGUCGUCGAACGUUUGGAAGGACACGGACAGCCCGUUCGUGCCAUUUACAGUAGCCAGACGUCGGAUAUUGUCAUCACAACUUCGUUCGACAAAGCAGUCAAAUUCUGGUUCCCACAAAACGAGAGCAUGUAG